AAGGUAAUCACUAACAAGAGCCAUCCCUUUUCUUGAGAAACCAUAUUUGUCAAACCAAACAAAUCCUAAAACUUUAGAUAGCUGAGUGUAAUUUCUAAUUAAAGGGUUUGUAAAAAAUAAAAAUAAAUAAAAAUUAUAGUAGUCCUAGUUUUCAGCUGGAAGAAAAAUGCCGACGGCCGCCGUGAAUGUCGCUGCCGCUUCCUUACCGCCUCCCAAACGCCUCUUGUUCGACCGUCGCUACGGUUGGAUAUUGGAUGAGUGGAAAGAGCCAUCUGUGGAAGCCUUAUCUGGUGGCCGCGGAAUGUUCUGCGUCAUUCCUCUAGCAAAAACAUUGAUUCAGAAGGCAUCUGAAACGUUGGGGUGUUAUUAUGGUGUCGUUUACUUCGGGUGGUGAGGAAACGAAGGCCAAUAAUGUGGAGGAACCAAGUCUAGUUCGCUCUGAAAUCAGAGUUGAUUAUUGAAAGAGUAUGCUGAUCAAUCCCCUUAGACUAAGAAGCUGCAAGCAUUGGAUUAUGCUUUAUCAUUUGUAUCGGCAUGAAGAGACCAUUCUUCUAUGCUAAAUCAGAGGUGUGAUUAAUGUAGAAUGGAGAAAAGCAGCCUUGUUCAAUAAAAUAAUAACGGUUAAUUGCCAAGAAAAAGAAAUUGGCACAUGAAAACAAGUUUGUAUUUUUUGCAAAUAAAAAGAGCUCUAGUCCAUGCAUCCUAUUCUUCCUGAAGUAUCUUCUUGCUGUGUCAUGAUAAUGCAAAGCACCCUCUCUUCUCUUGGCUUCGUUUCACUUUCAAGUUUCGUCAUGUCUCGGCUAAGGCUACUGCUCUGUG